AUGAAACCGCUUUACACCAACCUAGAACAAGAAAUAGGAAAAUCGGCUGAAUUAGAGAAACUUUUGAUUGCAAAUGGAAGCAUGUGCACCUGUGCUAGUGACGAUGAGCGCAAUAGACGGACUGCGCUUGAAACCCUUGAAAUGUUGGCAACAAAAUGGGUUCGAGAACAACACCAAAAUGACACCACUAUGAAUGGAGGGAGAAAAGAAGAAGAAGAACACGCCGUUGUAAACCCAACAAUCAUUACAUUUGGGUCUUAUUCGCUGCGUGUACAUCGUCAAGAAUCUGAUAUAGACGCCUUGUGCUUGUUUGACAAGAGAAUAACGAGAGAAAUGUUUUUCACGGAUUUUGUCGAUUUCUUGUGCCAAGACUCACGAGUUUCAGGCCUACUCGCAAUUGAGAACGCAUUUACUCCAGUGGUCAAGUUUUUGCUACACGGAAUUUACAUUGAUUUACUUUUUGCUAGCGUUUCUGACAACAGCAAACUGGACAACUUUCACAAUUUGGGCCGACCGAAAUCGUUGUCUAUGGAUACCGAAUACAAGGUAGAAGAUUCAGAUCUAGCGGGAAUGGACGAAGCCAGUGUCCGAAGCCUGAAUGGAGUGAGAGUUACUCAAUUCAUCGAACAAAAAGUGAAGAACCUUCCGCACUUUCGAACUUGUCUCUGCGCUAUUAAAGCUUGGGCAAUUGAACACGGCUGUUACUCCAAUGUGCUAGGUUUCCUUGGCGGCGUCAACUUUGCCUUACUUCUUACUCAUGUCUGCUUAGAGUAUCCAGAAUCAGAAUCUUGGCCGGCUUCGGUUCUUUUCAAACAGUUCUUUCGCACGUUCGCUCUCUGGGAAUUUCCUCAACCAGUCAUGUUGACUCAGGAAGUAAACCGAAAUCCUCCAUUCAAUAUGGCUCGAAUGUAUGUAUGGGAUCAAUCUCAACAGCGGGAUGUGAUGCCAAUAAUCACACCUGUUUACCCAAGCAUGAACUCGAGUCAUAACGUCGCUCUUCCUCAGCACCGACGGAUAAAAGAUGAAUUGAUCAGAACUGCUUUCAAGUUGGAGCAAGGUUUUUACUGGGAUAGUAUCUUGCAAGACUGCGACUUUUUUCGUCGAAACAGUAACUUCAUCCAAGUAACCAUCAGUGCUAAGGAAGGCGAUGAAUACUAUAAGUGGUGCAGUUUUUGUCGAUCGAAAUUGCGAUUGCUCAUAUCGUCAUUGGAAACGAGACAAACGUCGAUAUGGCCUUUUGCUAAGUUUUUCGAAGACGAGUCCUGUGAUUUCGAAGGCGGCGGGCCACAUCAACCUCGCCGAUUGUUCUUCUUCAUGGCCUUGCGGUUUACAUCACCUCUCAACUCUGGUAAAGUCAAUCUGAAGCGGCUUAUGCUUGAUUUUCUCCACAAAGUCAAUUCAUUCAAAGGUCGAACUGAAGGAAUGGACCUACAGAUAUCUCAUGCGGUGCAGCAUCGACUACCAGCUUUUAUUUUGGACAAGUACAUCGACGGUUCUAAUCCGCAGCAGAGUAGAGACGAAACAUAG